AUGACAGCAUUGAAGAAUGAUGGAUCUUUACUUGUAAUUUGCGAAAUCGAAUAUUCGUCGCCUAAACCAAAAAUUAGCGUUGAACAAGAAGUGAAAGCAGAACCUUUGGAUGAAAAGAAUGAGGUUGAUGAUAAGACGCUUAAAGCUCACAGAUGUAUUUUGGGCCAAGAUAGUGAAGUGUUCCGUUCAAUGUUUGCCAAAAAAUCAAUGUUGGAGGCUCAGGAAAGGAUUAUUGCUAUUAAGGAUUCAAAGUUUGAACCUGUGCGUGCAAUGAUAGACUACAUGUAUACGGAUUCGACAUAUCUUGUGGAAGAUUAUGCAAAAGAUAUUUUGGUCAUAGCUGAUAAAUAUGCCGUUUUGCCUCUGAAGGAGCUAUGCGAACGAUAUCUCUCAACUGAUAUUAACCGUGGAAAUGCAUGCGCAAAAGUGUAUCACAGAGAUGUUCUAAGCUCCGCAAAUAGGAAAGUAAUGAAGGAAGAAAGACUGAAGUUGAUAAGCGAUCUUUUGAAAUCAAUAUUUUUCGGUGGUGUUCUUUCAGAUCUCAAUGGUUUGAAUUUUAGCCCUAGCGACAAAACUGAUCCGACAUACUGGUUGAAGGAAAGAUUUGGAUGGCUUCGUUUAAAUGAACAAACUACAGAUAAUGAAGAUGAGUAA